AGCCAAGCCCCAGCCGGAGCCGGAGCGCAGGGCCGCCGCCGGGCAGGAGCUGGUGACGCAGGAAAAACGCCUCGGCGGCGCGGAGAGCGGAGCGGCCGGGUGCCGGGAUCCGAAGCGCGGGCGGCGGCGGAGGCUUCGCUCUUCGUCCUUCCUCCUUCCCUCCCGCCCGUCGCAGCGCCCGGGGAGCGGGGAAGCGGAGCCGCCCCCUCAGCCGGCCGGCCGCACGCCCGGAGCGCGGGGCCUGCCAUGAGACCGUGCCGGGCAUGAGGCAGCCCCCGGCCGCGCUCCUUCGGCAGCAGCCGGCAGCGCUCCGGGCCGCGGGACGAGGGGACGCCGUGCGGGGGUUGCUCCUUCGGAGGUCAAGUAUUUUGCUGGUGUACAACAACUGUACAGAAGGGGAGUCGUGAAGGAAGAAAAGAAGGAAAUAUUCUAAUUAAAAUAUUCAAGGGAUUCCUAGGCCUAGCUGUUUGUGUGCUUUCUGUACGACUGGAUUUAUACUCAAAGCUCCACAGUUACAUUCGUAUCGUUGGACGUUGCUAUCAGCACAGAGACUCUCUGAAGUCACAGGCUCGGGGCCAGCACAAGGCCCACUUUUGCUGACCUACUUGCAGAACGGGGGCCUGUAUUUUUUGGAAAGCUGUUGAAUUGGGUAUUAAGUACACUGUUGCAACACUCGUUAUGACAGACAGGUGAUGUGUGUUUUCCAGCAGGUUUCUCAAAUGCCCAGCAGAUGGAUGUUAAAGCUGUUAUGGGGCUUAGCGAUGGGUUUCUGGAGAACCGGCCUGUACUGAUGAUAGAAUUCAAAUGGUGUCUCUACUGAGGAAUAUUAAGUGUGGCUGAAAUCUCUAGGCAGCUAACUUUGUUCUUGAUCUCUUACGGUUCUGCUUUGAGACAUUGGUUGGACUCCCCACCAUAAAUGUUCCUGAGCAAGUAACCCUUUUGUUUCAACAAAAUCUCAGUCAUGUCAAUUUUUGUUGUUUUGGUUUUGUUUUGUUUUUUUAAUGUAAUGGUUUUGAUUCUGAGUUGAAGUAACAUUUACUCCCUCAACCAACAGAGUACACCGGUGAAUUUCAGGAAUUUGGGGGAAGAAUGUAGAGUGCGUGCAUUGACUGCACUGUUGCAAUCCCCUGGACUACAGUGAUGCUUAACAAUAGAUUUGAACAACAAAAAACCCAUAAACAUAAUCAUAAAGCUGCAGUGUAAGAAACUCAUGCAUCAGCAUGAUUUUUUUUUUUUGAGGGGAAAUACAGCUAAAAAUAAACAAGCAAGGCUGUAUCAUAGUAACUUUCCCUCCCUUCAGUAUCUUCUGUACUUCUCUGCUUGCGUUUUUGUGUAGAUUUUCUUAAUGAUACUUCUUCUGGGGAGCUUCUGUCUUAGUCUUUCCAGGGUGCUGUUUCAUGCCCUGCUGAAUUUGCCCUUGUGAUGAUACUUCUGCCCAUUGAAUUAAUUGACAGGAAGACUACAUCUGGAGGUGGUAAUCGAUAAGGACAGUGGUAGCAAAGCUGUUUACUGUUUUUCUAUCUGUAGCACACAAUCACUCUAAUAUAAAUGUUUUCUCUUUCACGUUGUGAUGCAUUUACAUUCAGAGUAGUUGCAUUGGUUUACUUCUGUAUUCUAAAUGCACACCUCUAGCUUUAUCUGUUUUACUUUGUAUGCUGGAAUUUUUGCAAAUGAGAGUCAGAACAAACCAAAAUAGUGAAUGAGUACCUAGGUGUGUAAGAAAAUAAAGGUACCUGUAGUGCCUUUGUUCCAAAGCAUCUUAAAUUUGAAAUAGAAACUAGUGUAGGACUUUCCAAUAUGAAUGAAGUUAUGUAAGGAGGACUUCAGUUACUUGUUUGUGUGAACGAUUUAUUUUAAAUGGUGAUGAAGUUGUGUUUCUUUCAGCUGUGCAUUGGUAAUAUUGAUUACUUACUGAAGUUCCAUUGGAAAUAUUUCUGCUCUUCCCUCUCUGGUUUAGAAAUUUGUUCUGAACUUAUUUCAGGUAUUUGAAAUAAGUACUGCUGUGUUAGGCAGUGCUUUGUCUAUCGCUAGUGCUAUUAUUCCUUUUCAGAGAUGCUAUUCUGUACAUCCUAAUAGAUGCAACAACUAUGGGCAUAUUUUGAUAACAUGCUGAGCAGGUUAGCCUCAUCUGUAAAUGACUACAGUUGUGCAUUACUGGUUUUGUUUUUUUCCUUGAAGCACCAUUAAAACAAAGCAUAAUAAACCCCCACCAUCCCCUAACACACACUAUUAUCUGCAUAUAAUAGAUAUAUAAUAUAUAUAAUUUCCUUGUAAGCAUGAACAUCGCUUAUCAAACCAGCAGUCUUGCUUACCCGGAGUUUGCCAUAAACCUGUGCUCAGUGUUCAUCUCAGGAUACAAAAGACUUUGCUGGGCUUGGGAAGCUGUGUGUGAAGGCUUUUGAGUCCUUCAGGAAAUGAUUUCCUAGAUGCUUGCACUAGUAUUAAUUAGGACACGUGGACAUUGUGUUGUUCAGGAAUCCACGUUUUUCUUAACGUUGUGGAUGUACCUCUUGAAACUUCUCCGUAGGUGCAUCCAGCUUCAUUAUCCGUAUCAGCCUCAUUUAGAAACAGAACGUAAAGCUAUACAUCAGGAUAUAUCCCUAUCUUCUGUUGUAGUUGCUUGCCUUUAGCAAAACUAGCGGUGCUGUGUAUGUUGCUAUAGAAUUCCCUUAUUUCCUGCAUAUUUGCAAUAAAUGCCGUUUCCCCCCCUUUCCAACUAACUAACCUUUGUUAGGUACGCUUUCAUCCUGACACAAACUAAUGAAAAAAGAUAGAAAAAUUAAAUUACACUGUUGUGCCUGCCAUCCGUCACCAGUGGGGAGCAUUCAUCACACUCUUCAUUCUGCUCUUCUUUUGAACGCUUAACAGGUGGUUCUUCUGCAACACUCAGUAGAGGCCAAUGUCUUUUGGUCAGUGGGGUAGCCGGGUAGUUGGUUAUGUUUAGAGCAGUUUGGUCAACCUUGGCGUUGUGGAAUGGGAGUUAAAAGAAAUGUUUUGGGAUUUGUUUUGGUUUUGUUUUUUCUCCCAGAGUGUCAAGAGAUGAGAAGAACAUCUUUGUGAGCGUAUGCUUGCCUGCAACAAGACUCACAGUUUUGUACAAAUGACCUGGAAAGUUUGAGCACUAUGAAUUCACGCUUUAUAAAAAUGCAGCAGCUUCUUUCAUGUAUUAAAUCUAGUUUUUGUUCUCUUAUUACUGGAGAGCCAUCUGAAAGUUCUUACGCUGUUAUAAUGAUUUACAGUUUCAUAAUGAGUUGAGCUAUUUUCUUAAAAACAGUUUGGUUGUAUCGACUGUCUUGUAACAAAGUUGUGCUGUGCUCAGGGCUGUAGCAUGACUUGGGAAUGUGGUUAGCAAAGAUUCCUUCUGCGCUUCCUGACAAAACCAUGUUUUGACUUGGUUCUUCUUGUUCACAGUCUUGAAUACAGAUAGUGGCUGGAACCCUACAGUGGUGAUGGUGACUUUGCUUCCUCAAAGCAUGUUGUUGCAUUUCCUAGGCAUUCCAGUGUUGCUUCAGAGCCCUGUGUGUUGAACACUCUCUGUGCAAGGCAUCUGGCUUGGAAAAUUGAUAAAAACAUAACUACUAGUGAGAUAUGGGCAAGCCCUUGAUAGCUUUACCUACAGUAGGUGAGAGGAGAAAUGUAAAUGUAAUCUUAAAGCGGACAUUUGUGAAUUAGUGUAAAACAUUUUCUUUCACUCCUUCCUGCUUUUUUUUUUUCUCUUCUCUGUUUGGGAAGCUUACCAGCACAGACAGUUCCUUCUGCAUUUUCUGUUCUGAACUUUCUGGUAUUUUCUUUCUAUGUGAACACAUUCGUCUCGUCUGAUUUGAGAGUUGAAGGCAGCCUGCUAGUUAGCAAAGCUCUUUGGUUGCCAGCUGCUGAUGUGUUUCCAAAUAAAAUUUGGAAAAAUAAAAAUUAGAAUGCCAGGAAUAAUGAUUUAAAAGUAUGAAACAGUGCAGGUAUCUUGCUGCUCUGUGGUUUUCUUAAGACAUAAGUUGCUAUUAAUUGUGAGACUUAUUAAGGUCUUCUGCUUAACUUUGUUACUACACCCCUAAAAGAGUUCCUGAAAUCCCUUUUGAUUUAAAAUGCAGUCAUGUUUUGAAUGCUGUUAUUUUCAACUUCUUUUCAUGAAGUUAAAAUGUAGACUGCUUUAGCAGUGAUACAUUGAUACCAGGAAUGUUACUGUGGGAUACUUUUAUUUGUAGCAUCCUCGAUCUGUUUACAAAACAGUAUGUAAUCCCAUUUUGUAAUUUAGUUUUCCUGAGGCAUGAAAGUGCCAACACAGAAAUGUCACUUCCUUACAUGUUUAAUUAAUUUAUUUCUUUUCUGCUAAGCUUAACCUUCCUGGACAUUUAGCAAAUAAUACUGCCUGGCAGUGAGCAUUUAGCCGUGCAUUUACUCAUAGUGGGGGAAUUCCACAUUGCAUCAUUUCAUAAAGAUGUCCAUCUGUGAGCAGAGAGUUCUCAAAGAACUCUUUUUCCAGACUUUUUUUAAAGCCGAGACCCAUGAAUAUGUUGAAGGCAAGGCACAAACAUGCAGCUCUGUAGUGCUGACUCGUAUCUUCUCCUCCUCUGCUACAAACCAUAGAAGAUUUCCUAGAUAUAAAAUCUGCUAUAAAUGAUAAAAGUUCUGUGUUGUUUGUUUUUCUUUUUAAACAGAAGCAUUGUUCAGAUGAACGCUUCAAGGUAAUGAAAAAUUCCUAGAGGGUAUUUCGCGGCUUUUUAUUGAGCUUCCAUAUAAAAUAACUAAAAUGUAAACAGUAGAAAAAUUUCCCAGGAAGAGGCUUUCUUUUAGUCUAGAAACAGCUAAAUGACAACAUGAAAUGAUACAGAAAUGCGCGUUAUGGAUUCAAUAGGUCUCAAUCCUUGAGACACUUAAAUGCUCCUUGACUUUUUGCCUUUUAGCGGGAGUAGAUAUGGGAAGAGACAAAGGUGUUACUGUGGGAUAGGGUGGUCUUAGUUCUAGCACUCUGAAAUGGAAAAGACUGCUAAAUGUGUCUCUCAGCGAGCAGGCCAGGGGUGCAAGCCAAGUAGGAUCUCUCUGUUACCAGACUGGCUUUCUUAGUUGGAAGGGAAUGUCUUCACUAGCGCUGUGGUGUAGGAGAGUGACAGCACGUUUGUGUUGGCUGGGGGUGGAACUCCACGUUUUGGUCACGUUUUGUCAGAAGUGGACACUGACAGUGAGGGGAGUAUAUCUUUGUUCGUCUAACUUAAUAUGAGAAUGAACAUCCUUGUCAAAGUACGCUAGCAUCUCAGUGAAUGAGCCUUUGAUGUUUUGGUGUUUAAUUUUUUCUUCUGUGAAGCAACAAGGUAAUUCAGUGUGUUUUAUAAUAAGGUUCAACACAAAUCUGUGGAUUUGAACCUUCAGUAAGGAAAGGGGAUCUGCAUGCUCUAUUUUAAGGUGAAUAGGGGAUGAGAGACAACAAUUUUAAUCAGCAAAAAGCUUAAACUGUAGUUUGCUAGAAGACAUUGUACAUGUCUUAUCUUUGAAAUAGAAUGUUAAUUGGUUAUUGAUUUCAGACCUUUUUGUGCAUUUUCCUGAAUCCUUCAGCAAUGAUUAUUUCCAGGUUUUUUUUACAAACAGUGACACGAACUCUGAGGAGCUUGGAGGUGAAAACUCCAGUGUUGUGUUCUACUGCAGGCUCCAGUUUUGGACAGCCCUCCAUGUGCCUUGCCCUGUCUUCUAGUCAGUGCUUCAUUAAUCACAAUGAGACCUCAAAACCCCAAGUAUUCUUUCUUGCUGCUUUUGUGCACACAUGCAUAUACGAUGAGAUGUUUUCAAGGAGAUGCACAGACUUUUUUUCUUCUCUCCAGGUUAUGCAAUGGUCUCUGCAGGAUGGCAUGUUCUUGAGUUGGAGCUUUUUAAAGCAAGCAUAUGCUGGUACUUCAACUUUACUAAGUGGACUAUAAUUUCUUCUCUCACAACAACUACUUAAGCAGACAAAAUUGCAAAGAUCUGCCCUGUGUCGAGUAUGACAGCCACAACUCGUGGCUCUCCGGUAGGAGGCAAUGAUAGCCAGGGCCAGGCUCCUGAUGGACAGUCCCAGCCUCCCCUCCAGCAGAAUCAGACAUCUUCACCUGAUUCUUCAAAUGAGAACUCUCCAGCUACCCCGCCUGAUGAGCAGGGCCAAGGAGAUGCUCCACCUCAGCUUGAAGAUGAGGAGCCUGCAUUUCCACACACAGACCUGGCAAAGUUGGAUGACAUGAUCAACAGGCCUCGAUGGGUUGUUCCUGUGUUGCCGAAGGGGGAAUUAGAAGUUCUUCUAGAAGCUGCUAUUGAUCUGAGUAAAAAAGGCCUUGAUGUCAAAAGCGAAGCAUGCCAGCGAUUUUUUCGAGAUGGGUUGACAAUAUCUUUCACAAAAAUCCUUACUGAUGAGGCAGUGAGCGGCUGGAAGUUUGAAAUCCAUAGAUGUAUUAUUAACAACACUCAUCGACUAGUAGAACUCUGUGUGGCCAAGCUGUCCCAGGAUUGGUUUCCCCUUCUUGAACUUCUUGCCAUGGCCUUAAAUCCUCACUGCAAAUUCCAUCUAUACAAUGGUACACGUCCCUCUGAAACAGUUCCUGCAGGAGUCCAGCUCGCUGAAGAUGAACUUUAUGCACGUCCUCCUGACCCACGCUCACCAAAAGGUUGGCUAGUAGAUCUCAUCAACAAGUUUGGCACAUUAAAUGGAUUCCAGAUCUUGCAUGAUCGCUUCAUGAGUGGAUCAGCAUUGAAUGUUCAGAUAAUUGCAGCUCUCAUCAAGCCAUUUGGACAAUGUUACGAAUUUCUAACAUUGCAUACAGUGAAGAAAUAUUUCCUUCCAAUUAUAGAAAUGGUUCCACAAUUUUUAGAAAAUCUAACAGAUGAUGAACUGAAAAAAGAGGCAAAGAAUGAAGCCAAAAAUGAUGCUCUAUCAAUGAUAAUCAAAUCUCUAAAGAACUUAGCUUCAAGAGUUCCAGGACAAGAAGAAACUGUAAAAAACUUAGAAAUAUUUAGGUUAAAAAUGAUUCUUAGGUUGUUACAAAUUUCUUCUUUCAAUGGUAAAAUGAAUGCACUAAAUGAAGUUAACAAAGUAAUAUCCAGUGUAUCAUAUUAUACCCACCGGCAUGGUAAUCCUGAAGAGGAAGAAUGGCUUACAGCUGAAAGAAUGGCAGAAUGGAUCCAGCAGAAUAAUAUUUUAUCAAUUGUGUUGAGAGAUAGUCUUCAUCAACCUCAAUAUGUAGAGAAGUUAGAGAAGAUUCUUCGUUUUGUCAUCAAAGAAAAAGCCCUCACCUUGCAGGAUCUUGACAACAUUUGGGCUGCACAGGCAGGAAAACAUGAAGCCAUUGUAAAGAAUGUACACGACCUCCUUGCAAAAUUAGCUUGGGAUUUCUCUCCUGAACAGCUUGAUCACUUGUUCGAUUGUUUUAAGGCAAGUUGGACAAAUGCAAGCAAAAAACAGCGUGAGAAGCUACUUGAGCUAAUCCGUCGUCUUGCAGAAGAUGACAAGGAUGGUGUGAUGGCACACAAAGUGCUGAACCUUUUGUGGAAUCUGGCUCACAGUGAUGAUGUACCAGUUGAUAUCAUGGACCAGGCUCUUAGUGCCCAUAUUAAAAUCUUAGAUUACAGCUGUUCACAGGAUCGAGAUACACAAAAGAUCCAGUGGAUAGAUCGUUUUAUAGAAGAGCUUCGCACAAAUGACAAAUGGGUCAUUCCUGCACUGAAACAAAUUAGAGAAAUUUGCAGUUUGUUUGGUGAAGCACCACAAAACUUGAGUCAAACACAGCGAAGUCCCCAUGUGUUUUACCGACAUGACUUAAUCAAUCAACUUCAGCACAAUCAUGCCCUAGUGACAUUGGUUGCAGAAAAUCUGUCUGCCUAUAUGGAAAGCAUGAGGCAGUAUGCUAAAGAGCAUGGUGAAUAUGAUCCACAAACCGUAAGACCAGGAAGCAGAUACAGUCAUGUGCAAGAAGUACAGGAGCGACUUAAUUUCUUAAGAUUUUUAUUGAAGGAUGGUCAGCUGUGGCUCUGUGCCCCUCAGGCGAAGCAAAUAUGGAAGUGUUUAGCUGAAAAUGCUGUUUAUCUUUGUGAUCGCGAAGCCUGUUUUAAAUGGUAUUCCAAACUAAUGGGGGAUGAACCAGACUUAGACCCUGACAUUAAUAAGGACUUCUUUGAAAAUAAUGUGCUUCAGCUGGAUCCUUCCCUAUUAACAGAAAAUGGAAUGAAAUGUUUUGAACGUUUCUUCAAAGCUGUGAACUGUCGAGAAGGAAAGCUAGUAGCAAAGAGACGAGCCUAUAUGAUGGAUGAUCUGGAAUUAAUAGGAUUAGACUACCUUUGGAGGGUUGUGAUUCAGGGAAACGAUGACAUCGCAAAUAGAGCAAUUGAUCUUCUCAAAGAGAUCUAUACUAACCUUGGUCCAAGGUUACAAGUUAAUCAGGUAGUGAUUCAUGAAGACUUCAUUCAGUCCUGUUUUGAUCGUCUCAAAGCCUCCUAUGAUACAUUAUGUGUGUUGGACGGAGAUAAAGAUAGUAUUAAUUGUGCAAGACAAGAAGCAAUACGAAUGGUGAGAGUGUUGACUGUUUUAAGAGAAUAUAUAAAUGAAUGUGACAGUGACUACCAUGAAGAAAGAACUAUUCUACCUAUGUCAAGAGCUUUCCGUGGAAAACAUAUCACACUGGUAGUUCGUUUUCCAAACCAAGGCCGACAGGUGGAAGAUUUGGAUAUUUGGUCUCACACCAAUGACACGAUUGGCCAAGUGCGGCGUUGUAUUCUCAAUCGUAUUAAAGCCAACAGUGCGCACACAAAAGUAGAACUGUUCAUUGGUGGUGAGCUGGUGGAUCCUGCAGAUGAUAGAAAAUUAAUUGGACAAUUGAAUCUCAAAGAUAAAACGCUAAUUACAGCUAAACUUACACAGAUAAAUUCUAAUAUGCCCUCAAGUCCUGAUAGUUCUUCUGACUCUUCAACCGGCUCUCCCGGCAACCACGGCAAUCACUACAGCGAUGGUCCAAACCCAGAAGUUGAAAGCUGUUUGCCUGGAGUGAUCAUGUCACUGCAUCCUCGAUACAUUUCUUUUCUUUGGCAAGUUGCAGACUUGGGCAGUAGCCUAAAUAUGCCACCUCUAAGAGAUGGAGCACGUGUUCUUAUGAAGCUCAUGCCACCAGAUAACACUACGGUUGAGAAACUAAGAGCUAUUUGUUUAGAUCACGCAAAACUUGGGGAAAGCAGCCUUAGUCCAUCCCUUGACUCUCUAUUUUUUGGUCCCUCUGCCUCACAAGUGCUAUAUCUAACAGAGGUAGUUUAUGCCUUGUUAAUGCCUGCCAGUGCACCUCUGGGAGAAGAUGCCAGUGACUUCCAGUACAACUUCCUAAAAAGUGGUGGUUUGCCUCUUGUAUUGAGCAUGCUGACUCGAAAUAACUUUCUGCCAAAUGCAGAUAUGGAAACUCGAAGGGGUGCCUACCUUAAUGCUCUAAAAAUAGCCAAGUUAUUGCUAACAGCAAUUGGAUAUGGCCACGUUCGAGCUGUGGCAGAAGCUUGUCAACCAGUUGUGGAAGGCACAAGUACAGUGUCACCGAUAAACCAAGCUACACACGACCAGGCAGUGGUGCUACAAAAUGCCCUACAAAACAUUCCUAAUCCAACUUCAGAAUGCAUGCUAAGAAAUGUAGCAAUACGUCUUGCACAGCAAAUAUCUGAUGAGGCUUCAAAAUAUAUACCUGAUAUCUGUGUUAUUAGGGCAGUGCAAAAAAUUGUCUGGGCGUCUGGUUGUGGGUCAGUUCAACUUGUGUUCAGCUCUAAUGAGGAAAUCAGUAAAAUCUAUGAAAAGACAAACGCAGGAAAUGAACCAGACAUGGAAGAUGAACAAGUUUGCUGUGAAGCAUUGGAGGUGAUGACCCUAUGUUUUGCUUUGAUUCCAACAGCACUGGAUGCGCUAAGUAAAGAAAAAGCAUGGCAGACGUUUAUCAUUGAUUUGCUAUUGCACUGUCACAGCAAAAUUGUUCGUCAGAUGGCACAGGAGCAGUUCUUUUUAAUGGCUACCAGGUGUUGCAUGGGACAGAGACCUCUCCUUUUCUUCAUUACUCUGCUGUUUACAGUUCUGGGGAGUACUGCCAGAGAGAGAGCUAAGCAUUCGGGAGACUACUUCACUCUCUUAAGACAUCUUCUUAACUAUGCUUACAACAGUAAUAUUAAUGUGCCCAAUGCUGAAGUUCUUCUCAAUAAUGAAAUUGACUGGCUGAAAAGGAUCAGGGAUGAAGUAAAAAGGACAGGGGAAACAGGUGUUGAAGAAACCAUCUUAGAGGGUCACCUUGGAGUAACGAAAGAGUUGUUAGCAUUCCAGACACCUGAGAAGAAAUACCAUAUUGGUUGUGAAAAAGGAGGUGCUAAUCUCAUUAAAGAAUUGAUAGAUGAUUUCAUCUUUCCAGCAUCCAAUGUUUAUUUACAAUACAUGAGAAAUGGAGAAUUGCCUGCUGAGCAGGCCAUACCAGUCUGUAGUUCACCAGCAACUAUUAAUGCUGGCUUUGAGCUACUAGUUGCACUAGCAGUUGGAUGUGUCCGAAAUCUCAAACAGAUAGUAGACACCUUGACUGAGAUGUAUUACAUAGGUACAGCAAUCACUACUUGUGAAGCGCUUACAGAAUGGGAAUAUCUACCACCUGUUGGGCCUCGACCACCAAAGGGAUUUGUAGGAUUAAAAAAUGCUGGUGCCACUUGUUACAUGAAUUCUGUUAUUCAGCAGCUUUACAUGAUUCCAGCCAUCAGGAAUGGAAUUCUUGCAAUUGAAGGCACAGGCAGUGAUGUAGAUGAUGAUAUGUCUGGGGAUGAAAAGCAGGACAAUGAGAGCAAUGUUGACCCACGAGAUGAUGUGUUUGGCUACCCACAUCAGUAUGAAGACAAACCAGCACUGAGUAAAACAGAAGACAGGAAAGAGUACAAUAUUGGAGUCCUGAGGCAUCUCCAAGUAAUUUUUGGUCAUUUAGCGGCUUCCAGGCUACAAUACUAUGUACCAAGAGGGUUUUGGAAACAAUUCAGACUUUGGGGUGAACCUGUAAAUCUGCGUGAACAACAUGAUGCUUUAGAAUUCUUUAACUCCUUGGUGGAUAGUUUAGAUGAAGCUUUGAAAGCUUUGGGCCAUCCAGCAAUGUUAAGUAAAGUUUUAGGAGGAUCCUUUGCUGAUCAGAAGAUUUGUCAAGGAUGCCCUCAUAGGUACGAAUGUGAGGAAUCCUUCACAACUCUGAAUGUAGAUAUAAGAAAUCACCAAAACCUUCUUGAUUCGCUGGAACAGUAUGUCAAGGGAGAUUUAUUGGAAGGUGCAAAUGCAUAUCAUUGUGAAAAAUGCAACAAAAAGGUUGAUACAGUGAAACGUUUGUUGAUUAAGAAGUUGCCUCCAGUUCUUGCCAUCCAGUUGAAGCGAUUUGAUUAUGACUGGGAACGGGAAUGUGCAAUCAAGUUCAACGACUAUUUUGAAUUUCCAAGAGAGCUGGACAUGGAGCCUUACACAGUAGCAGGUGUAGCUAAAUUGGAAGGAGAUGAUGUAAAUCCUGAAAAUCAAAUAAUACAAAAUGAACAGUCAGAAAAUGAACAUUCUGGGAGCACAAAAUACAGGCUUGUUGGUGUGCUUGUACAUAGUGGCCAGGCCAGUGGCGGACAUUAUUACUCUUAUAUUAUCCAGAGGAAUGGUGGAGAUGGUGAGAAAAAUCGAUGGUAUAAAUUUGAUGACGGAGAUGUGACAGAGUGUAAAAUGGAUGAUGAUGAAGAAAUGAAAAAUCAGUGUUUUGGUGGAGAGUACAUGGGAGAAGUAUUUGAUCAUAUGAUGAAACGUAUGUCCUACAGACGCCAGAAGAGGUGGUGGAACGCUUAUAUUCUUUUUUAUGAACGUAUGGACACAAUAGACAAAGACAGUGAACUAACAAAAUACAUUUCGGAACUUGCUAUCACCACUAAACCACAUCAAAUUAAAAUGCCGUCAGCCAUCGAACGAAGUGUACGGAAACAGAACGUGCAGUUCAUGCAUAAUCGUAUGCAGUACAGCCUGGAAUAUUUCCAGUUUAUAAAGAAGUUGCUUACUUGUAAUAGUGUCUACUUAAAUCCUCCUCCAGGACAAGAUCAUCUGUUGCCGGAAGCAGAAGAAAUAACUAUGAUUAGCAUUCAGCUUGCUGCUAGAUUUCUCUUCACCACAGGAUUUCAUACAAAGAAAAUAGUCCGUGGCCCAGCUAGUGAUUGGUAUGAUGCGUUAUGCAUUCUUCUCCGUCACAGCAAGAAUGUACGCUUUUGGUUUGCACACAAUGUCCUUUUUAAUGUUUCAAACCGCUUCUCUGAGUACCUUUUGGAAUGCCCCAGUGCUGAAGUGAGGGGUGCAUUUGCAAAACUUAUCGUAUUUAUUGCACAUUUUUCGUUGCAAGAUGGACCAUGUCCUUCACCUUUUGCCUCUCCUGGACCUUCCAGUCAGGCUUAUGAUAACUUAAGUUUAAGCGAUCACUUACUGAGAGCGGUACUAAAUCUUCUUCGAAGGGAAGUAUCUGAACAUGGGCGUCAUUUGCAGCAGUAUUUCAAUCUGUUUGUGAUGUAUGCCAAUCUAGGUGUAGCAGAGAAGACACAACUGCUGAAACUAAAUGUUCCUGCAACCUUCAUGCUUGUGGCUCUGGAUGAGGGUCCAGGCCCUCCCAUUAAGUACCAGUAUGCUGAACUGGGGAAGCUGUACACUGUUGUGUCACAACUGAUCCGUUGUUGCAAUGUGUCAUCGCGGAUGCAGUCUUCUAUCAAUGGUAAUCCUCCACUUGCCAACCCCUAUGGUGAUCCUAAUUUAUCUCAACCUAUAAUGGCGCUUCAGCAGAACGUAGCAGACAUUCUGUUUGUGAGAACCAGUUAUGUGAAGAAAAUUAUUGAAGAUUGCAGCAAUUCUGAAGAGACCAUCAAAUUGCUUCGUUUCUGCUGUUGGGAGAAUCCUCAGUUCUCUUCCACUGUCCUAAGUGAACUUCUCUGGCAGGUUGCGUAUUCAUACACAUACGAGCUUCGACCUUACUUGGAUCUGCUUCUGCAAAUCCUAUUAAUAGAGGAUUCUUGGCAAACUCACAGGAUUCACAAUGCACUUAAGGGAAUCCCAGAUGACAGGGAUGGACUAUUUGACACCAUUCAACGCUCCAAGAACCAUUAUCAGAAAAGAGCUUACCAGUGUAUAAAAUGCAUGGUAGCCCUCUUCAGCAACUGCCCUGUAGCCUACCAGAUCCUUCAGAGUAAUGGAGAUUUGAAGAGAAAAUGGACCUGGGCAGUAGAAUGGCUUGGAGAUGAGCUUGAGCGUAGACCGUACACUGGCAAUCCCCAAUACACCUAUAAUAAUUGGUCUCCACCGAUACAAAGCAAUGAAACAUCAAAUGGCUACUUCCUAGAGAGAUCACACAGUGCUAGAAUGACUCUUGCAAAAGCUUGUGAACUCUGCCCAGAGGAGGAACCGGAUGAUCCUGAUGCUCCAGAUGAACAUGAGUCUUCUCCACCUGAAGAUGCACCACUGUAUCCCCAUUCACCUGGUUCCCAGUAUCAACAGAAUAACCAUGUGCAUGGACAGCCAUAUACAGGCCCGGCAGCACAUCAUAUGAACAACCCUCAGCGAACUGGCCAACGAGCACAAGAAAAUUAUGAAGGCAGUGAAGAAGUUUCCCCGCCUCAGACAAAAGAUUAGUGAAAUGCACAUAAUCAAUUAACUUGCUCCAUCAAGACUGUGCACCCAGGCCUUACAGUCCAACCUUUCUCUGUGUCUGGCUAAUAUUUAAAACUAGAAAAACUAUUCCUAAUCAACAUGGAGUGGAGAGUCUAUUCACUGUCUUAUCUGCAGAAAAUUGCUGUCAAUAUAUAACCCGCCUGCAGUGGAAAGUGUAUAGUGUUUUGUAAUAAAUGGCCUGAUGCUAAUGUGUAAAUGGCAAAGGUGUAUAUAGUAUAUUAAUGUUUGACUGUUAAUUCUUAAGCGAGAAACAUUUUUUUUGUCUUGAUGAGACUCACAGAUCUACAAAAACAAAAAAUAAUUUCUUGAUAUAUCUGCUGCGCUCUGCGACCAGUGUUGCCUGCCUCACGGCAGUUGGAUCAACUCCUUUAUGAAAAAGCCUAUCCAUGUCAACCACAAAAAUAGUUUCAUGUUAAUUCUUUGCCACUGGAGUCGAUUUUACUAUGAGCAACGUAAUGGCUGGUAACCUUUUAAUUAUUUGGUUGAUGUGGAAAAUUGGUGAUGUAACAUUGUUUCUAGAUCUUUUUUCAUUGCCUUUUUCAUUCUGGUAUUAGGUUAAUCACUUUGAAGCUAUAGUUAUGCUGUAACAUUUAGCAUGGCUUCACACCAAGUUAGUGUAGCCAACGAGGGGGGAAAAAAGUGACAGCAGUUGUCCCAAUGUGACAACUGUAUCGCUCGGAACUUUUUCUUCUUACACCUAGACUAUAAAACGGGGAGGGAAAAUGUGACAAACAAACAAGUGGUUUUCAGUUUCACAUAUGUUCCUCACAUCUGAUGUUUGACAGUUCUGUCUCUGGGUGGGAUAAAGGACACUUAGUUUUCAGUAAUAGGAAUUUAAAAGAUUUAAAACAAAUAUGCAAAAAUUUGCUAUGCCAGGAUGCCUGGAGCAUAAUAGACUGUAUUUGGUGUGCUUGUUUUGUUUCUUUGGUAGAGCUUAUUAGAUAAACUUCUAACACUUUCCUUCUACUGCAUCCCAGUGAAGUGGAAGUCAACAAAAUCACACAGUACUUGUGAGUGCCACUGCACCAAGUUAACUUGCUGGUUUUCUGCUCGUUCACAGUUCUACUUGAAAGCGAGAAUCGUCUUAGCUCUUUAUCCAUAUGCAGGAGAUCUUAACAUUAGAAGCAGGGUUUAAUGAGAAGAGAAACUACUGGUUAGUCAAAUACAAUUCUGAGGUAUCUCUAUUCCAGAAUAAACAUUUGUUUAAAGACUUCGAGAAAAGCAUCAGUAAAUACUGUAUUUAAAUGAAAAUUGGUAACUUGAAUGUGUGUAAUUUUUUGGAACCUGUCUAAAAACCAAAUACCCCUGCAAAACAGAUACAGCCCACCCUAUACUAUUUAAAUAUUUUGCUGUUUUAUUUUAUAGAAAUUAUUUUGCUGAAUUCACAAAUAGAAUUUGAUUUAAGAAGAA